GAACGCAGAGAGAUUCGACGCAGACGUUGGCAAGCUAUUCAGAUCGACAGUUGAGUGUUUUAUAAGCCUCUCGUAUCCAACUGUUAGGCUGCACCUACAAGUUUCCUUUCCAUCCAUCUAAAAAUCCGAAAUGAAUUCUCUGAUCUUGUGCUCGAUUGUCUUGUCCGCCUUCUUCAUUUCCACUGGCGAUGCCAUUAAAUGCUACGUAUGCAACUCUGCAACAAACAAGACGGGAUGUUCCGACACUCACACGUUAAACCCCAAUUUCUUGAGGGACUGCAACGAACUGUCCGGAGGAGCUAAGCAGCACACUGUUUGCAGGAAAAUUGACCAAGACGCACCAGAUAUCGCUGGAAUCGAGUCCAACGUCAGGGUAAUUCGCGAAUGUGGUCAAGAUGAUGUGGCUACCAAUGCUUGCACCCAGAAAACUGGAAUGGGUGGUCGCCAAUUUAUUUGCACUUGCGAUCACGACGGCUGCAACGCUGGCGCUAACGUUAAGAUGGUUUUGUCCACUUUGUUUUCGUUCGCCGUUGUGGCUCUACUAGGUCCAAAAUUCCUGUUGUAAAUUAUUAGAUUAUUUUAAAGAAAUAUCGAGCAUAAUGAAAAACAAACAAAACAAAAAUUAGAGCUAAAUUAAUCAGACACCGCACUGUUAUAACAUUUCAAACAAUUUUGGUUUAAGGACGCAAUGGAUUUCUGACUAUCUUGCUAAAAGAAUAAAACGAUACAUGAGAAAACAGGACAGAGGUCGUCUAGUUGUGAAACAGAAAAGCGCAGCAUCUACUGUAUUUUUCUUCCGUGCAAAGUUCAACUGAAAACACGAUUUUUACAAGAGUUUGUUCGUUUUACAUCAAAGGAUCUUCUUUAAUAAAUAUUCAUCAUAGUUUCUUCAUACGUA